AUGGCUUCAUCACCAUUAUUAUUCACAGUGAGGAGGUUCCAACCAGAGAUGGUGCUUUCAGCUGCUUCAACUCCUCGAGAAGUUAAACUACUCUCUGACAUAGAUGAUCAACAAGGUGUCAUGUUCGUUGAAGCUGAAGCUGAUGUAACACUUGACCAAUUUGGUGACUCUCUCCAUCCACCAUUCCUUUGCCUCCAAGAACUUCUCUACGAUGUUUCAGGCUCAGAAUUAAUUAUUGAUCGUCCCAUUCGACUCAUACAAGUGACACGUCUCAAGUGCGGUGGUUUCAUAAUAGCAAUAAAUUGGAAUCAUAUCAUGGGCGACGCAGCUGGUUUAAUCCAGUUCAUGAAUGCAUGGGCAGAAAUGGCUCGAGGAGAACAUCAACCUUCGAUUCAACCUGUCUGGUAUAGAGAGAUCCUCAUGGCAAGAGACCCACCACGCAUUACAUGCAACCAUCUUGAAUACGAACAAAUACUUCCAUCAAACACCAUCAAAGAAGAAGAUACUUCUACUAGUACUACCAUAGUCCAUCAAUCUUUCUGCUUUAGACCUUCAGACAUAGCUGCAAUUCGUCUCUUGGUUCCAUUUCAAUGCACCACAUUUGAUCUUAUUGCUGCAUGUUUUUGGUAUUGUCGUACAAAAGCAUUGCAGUUAGAGCCGGAGAAGGAUGUACGAAUAAUGUGCCUCGUCAAUGCACGUUCAAGGGAAGCUUUGCGGGAACUCACUAGGUUAUGCAGUAGAAUUGAUAAGAAAGUUGAAAGGACAAGUUACAGAAGAAUACAUGCAAUCAGUGGCAGAUCUUAUGUGAAUUUUGGAUGGGGUGAAGGAGUGUAUGGUGGAAUUGCAAGAGGUGGGGCUGGUUCGUUUCAUGGAGCAAGUUUUAUUGUUUCACAUAAGAAUGCAAAAGGAGAAGAAUGUUUGACAUUGCCAAUUUGUUUGCCUUUAGAAGAGAUGGGAAGAUUUAAAAAAGAGUUAGAUGAGAUGCUUGGUAAGAAUAAUCAACCUACAAGGAGUGUUUCUAGUUUUGUGAAGUCUACCUUAUAG